AAAUAGAACGUAAAAAACAAAAUAAAAAAUAAAAAAUAAUAAUAAAAACCGUUGAUAUUUGUAGAUCAACGAAAAGACCAAAAACUCCCAAGGAUCCCGUGAAACCUGGGAUACAACAAAACCGCAUUCUCUCACGUCCCCUUUCACCUUCCAAUCCCCAAUCUCAAAUACGCCCGUUAUCUCCGUGUCCUUUUCCGUCAUUUUACAACCUCCUCCUUCCCUAUAUUUUCCUCGCUAACAUCCUCCAUCGAUUUUCCCCCAAAUGAACAACCAGAGUCUCAUGGACCACCGCGACCCGACCCUCAUCCGACCCAACUCCCCAUCCUCGUCGUCGCUCAAACGGAAGCUCCAGUCCUCCUUCUGCUGCUUCGGCAAAAACCAGCCUCCAAUUUCCUCUUCCAUUUCCAAUUCUUCUUCUUCUUCGUCGUCGUCGUCGUUGUCAACCUCCGUUGUCGACGUUUCGAAGCCGAGGCUCAUGCGCAGUUCCACCAUGUGGAUGAAAUCUCGGGCACACGAUCUACCAGAAUUGAAAGACAAAUGCCGGAGUUUCAUUUCCCGAAUUGGCCGCCACCACAGUCGCCGGCAUUCUUCCGACUUCAGGUACGACGCGCUCAGUUAUUCAUUAAACUUCGACCAGAGCCAUGAAGACGAUGCCUAUCUCGACGAGUCCCCGUUACGGAGCUUCUCGUCGAGGUUACCGCAUUCUCCGGAGUCGUCCAGCCACCGCAAGUUGUCGUCGCCGCCUCCUCCCUCCGCACCGACGACGACGACGGAGAUUAGUGUCAGCUGAGAUUACACUAUAUAUAUAUAUAUAUAUAUGAAUGGUUAAAUUUUGGUAUUUGAGGGAUUAUAGACUGUGAAUACGUGAUUUUUAUGUGGUUCAAGUUUUAUUCCUACUUUUUUUUUUUUUUUUUCUUUCCUUCUUUUUCUGGGCAACAAAUCCUGCUUGUUAAUUUUCAUGGAUAUGUAUUUUUUUUUUUUUGGUUUUUCUUUGAAGAUAAACAAAUUUAAUCUCAACGUAUAUUUCUGCUAGCUCUUCAGCUUUCAUAAGCUUUUUCAUUUAUUA